AAAAAAAAAAAGUCGAUUUGACUUAUAGCUCUCUGGUGUAGUGUAAAAAAAUAUACAUAUGUAUACUACGUAAAGAGUCUUCCCACGUAUUUGCAAGAGUUUUAUUUUCUUUCAAAAAAAAUUAUGUCAAAUAAUGGUAUUUCUUCGAGAAUAACUUAAAAAAUGAAGCUUUUUCAAAGAGUCGAGAAAGCAAACUCUUUGAUUAAAUCUUUAUCUUUGAAAUAAGACUUUGUUCAUCAAAAUUGGUCAAGAACUAUUGUUUGAACUCAUUGUUAAUGUAAAUGUUGUUUUUAAUAUUUUUCGCAAAGAAAAAAUUUCGUACAGUAGCACUCCUCGAAAUCUGCGACAAAAAAGAAGCUCGUAUACUGAUUUUUACGUCAUGAAUUCUCAUAUUCGUCUAUUACUGAUUUUCAAAUAUAAACUUGAAUGAUGUGUGUUUUGUUUCUGUGACAAUACGUAUAGAUACAAAGCGCCCCCAUGAAAAGUGUACUAAUUUUCAAGUGGCAAACGCGCUUAACCACUAUCUUCAGCAAAUGUUUUCUUCCUUUGCUAGCUCUGCUGACCCGCUGGCCUCUACUGACAGAGAACCGGCAAAAUGGACGGUAUCGCAUUGAACGCGUCAGAUCAUGUCUUAGAAGUGAUUUUCUCUUAUCUAGACUUACACACGUUAAGAAACUGUGCAUUGGUAUGUAAGAGGUGGUAUAGAUUCUUAAGGGAUGAAAAUAACGAUGUAUGGAGAAUGCAUUGUAUUAGAACGUUAGCUCAAGAAGCACUUAGUUCUGAUUUAUUAUCAUCGGUACCCACUUACAAAGCGAAGCUUCGAGCAUUUUAUCAUGCUUGGAAUCCAAAUGAUUGUUCACGUAAUGUUUAUAUCAAGCCAAAUGGAUUUACUUUACACAGGAAUCCUGUUGCACAAAGCACAGAUGCUUGUAGAGGUAAAAUAGGUUUUCGACAUGGACGUCAUGCAUGGGAAGUGAUAUGGGAAGGACCAUUAGGUACAGUAGCUGUUGUAGGUAUAGCUACAAAAGAGGCACCUUUGUUAUGUCAUGGAUAUGUAGCUCUGCUUGGUUCUGAUGAACAUUCUUGGGGAUGGAAUCUUGUUGACAAUCAUUUAUUACAUAAUGGAGAUGCACAAGGCAGUUAUCCAUUACUUAAUAAUGCUCCAACAUACCAGAUAGGAGAAAAAAUCAGAGUCAUACUAGAUUGUGAUGACAACACAUUGUCAUUCGAGAAGAAUUAUGAAUUUCUAGGUGUAGCUUUUAGAGGUGAUUUUUUUGUUACUAUUUCUAAUAAUUCGAUUAAUCAUUUAGCACUUUCUUACACAACAUUCUAUAUUUAUUAUCAAUUAAUCAGCAUCAGAAUUCAUUUUACAACUAACUGUACAGGGUUACCAGAUAAAAGGUUAUAUCCAUCGGUUUCUGCAGUAUAUGGAAAUUCAGAAAUAUCAAUGGUGUACAUAGGGCCACCUCUAGAUGGCUAACGUUUUACUUCCAACAAAAAAAUAUAUUUGAAUACUUAUCCGAAACUACAUUCUGCAGUUUGCUGCAAAGCUUGUGGCAUCUUAUAUCGACGUAUCUACGUUUCAGUAGAUUUAGCACACUAAAAGAUAUGAUUCUCUUAUUAGAGAAUGUGUGCCUAUUAAAUUACAUGGUUGGUAAUAUUGUAAAUAGUUAGUUCUAUUAUAUUUAAGAUGGAGUGUUAUAAAUCGCACAACAUCAUUAAAUUAUUUAAAUUUUGCUUUUAUCAGAUCCACUUUGAGAUCAUAUAAUGAUCAUGAAAUAGGAUAAAAGUAUUUUUAUGAACUCCAACCAUAUAAUUUUAAUAUUAUACUGGAACUAUACAUAGAAUUUUUUAUCAUAUUUUGGCCAGUUCAUAAGUAUAAGAACAAAAUUGACUAUUUAACUGAUUAACAAUUGGUUUAAAUUUUCAAAUUAAAAAGUUUUUUUGAUAUUAAAUUAUUUGUUAAGAAAAAUUAAUCACAUGGCAUAAUCACUAGUUAAUUUAAAUUUGAUAAAUGAAUUUAAAAAUCUUUCAAUUUUUUA